AACUGGGCAGCCUUCACACUCACACUCACACUCACACUCACAACUCUAGUACAGUAUCCCUCCAAAUAUUAUCCAUUUCUCUCUAUUUUGCAGACUCGUUUACCUCCAACCUCUCAACAAUGGUGUCCUGCUCAGCGCUUAACUUGCAAGCUCAUAUGGGAAGUUUUUGCAAUAAUUUAUCUCAAGUUCAAAGACUGCCUAUGAUUACUGGUAUGACCAAUGUGCAACAAUUUCACCGUCUACCGGCUUCAGUAAGCUACUCAAAGAGCAGGUUGUCAUCAAAACAUCUUAAUGCAUCAGCCUUCGGAUAUAAAAUUUCCGAGGCAUCUUCACAUCGGAGUUUUCGUUGUAUGAGCUCAGCCGAUGUUCAAGACUUGGGAGCAGAAGUGACAACUAAAGUCUUCUUUGAUGUAGACAUUGGUGGGGAGCCAGUGGGCAGAAUUGUUAUGGGAUUAUUUGGAGAUGUGGUUCCCAAAACUGCUGAGAAUUUCCGUGUCCUAUGCACCGGUGAGAAAGGCUAUGGCUACAAGGGGUGCCACUUUCACCGCAUUAUCAAAGAUUUUAUGAUUCAAGGAGGGGAUUUCACUGAAGGAAAUGGAACUGGAGGAAUUAGCAUUUAUGGUUCCAAGUUUGAAGAUGAAAACUUCACGUUGAAACAUGUUGGACCUGGUGUGCUGAGCAUGGCAAAUGCUGGUCCUGGUACCAAUGGAAGCCAAUUUUUCAUUUGUACAGUUCCAACCCCUUGGCUGGAUAAUAAACAUGUCGUAUUUGGGCAAGUUCUUGAGGGGAUGGAUGUCGUUCGGACACUCGAAUCCACAGAAACAAGCAGCUCAAAUGGUCCACGCAAGCCAUGCAGAAUUAUCAACUGCGGAGAACUGCCUAAGGAAGCCUGAUUAUUUUGUUAAGAACCAGCACUGAGUGAUUGUUCAACGGCUAUCUUUUUUGGCGGUAGUAUUGCAUCAAUUUACCUCAUGAAGGUUUUAAGUUCUAGAAAUGCUUGAAAAUGUUGCACCAAACUUUUAAAUUUACUUUAAAGCCAAUAAUAAUCUUUGUAUAGUGAUUGAUGCUUUUUUCA